AUGUCAACCAACUCCAGAGCGAUCCCCCUCCCAAGCAGACGUGCUGAGCCUGGCACGCCUAUUCCUUUGGACUAUGGUACCACCCCCGGUGGAACUAUCUAUUCGAGCACUCCCGGAGGCACUCGAAUCAUUUACGACCGCAACACGUUGUUGAGUCUCCGCAACUCGCCCUUGUCGCGCACCCCUCCCGCCAAGCUCGCCUUUGUUGCCGGAGUCACAGGCGCCAGCUUGCCCCACCAGGCCGGAUCCAUGCACAACCGCUCCCACCUCAACGUCGAGACCCACGACUCUGGCUCGGACGAUUCUGAUGAAGAUUCCGAUGAUGAGAAGCGUAAGGCUGUCGCCAAUGCCCAGGAAGAGGAGGAUGCCAAGGCCCACGCGACCGCUUCCAAGGAGAUCAAGGACGGACAGCUUUUCGACAUGGAUAUGGAGUAA